ACACAUCUUAACAUCUUACUACAGCCAGGGACCCCGUUUGGCACGUUUCCCUAGCGGUGUGGCAUCAUCUUAAAUUCCUGCCUAGAGCUUCUACGAACCCAAAUAUCUUCGGUAGGUAAUCCGUAGUUCACCUUGAGAUGUUGCUUGGUGUAAACAAAGGCGGGAUCUUUCUGUGCUGUACAUGUACUGUACAUAUAUCUUCAUUCCAUUCCAUAAAAACGUGGCAAAUGGUGCUGGUAAUAGAGAAUAAUUCGCCUUCUUUGCAUCAUAUCGCCAUCCUUGGGGGAACUCAAUUCGUGGUUUUGUUCAAACCUGUGAAGUACCGCGGGGGUACCAGGCCAUCCUUCCCAGCGCCAAGCCUGGCCGGGAGCCUGUGCGUGGAUACCUAUUAAUACACAGUACGAACGUUCCCUCCUCCUGUCCCCAGUUCUGCCCAACCUGCUCGACGUCAUCCCCAUUGUUUUCCCGCCGAAGCCCAUGCCUCAAGGCCGGACUUCUUACAGAGAUAAUUCUCUAACCUUUUCCUGUCCCCGUCCUCUUGACGCCCACAUCGUGCAUUCAUGCCAUUAUUUAUCCGACUCCUAGCUAUCCUUCCUGCUCUUCUUAUAUUCAACUUAUAGCGUUGCGGAUACUGUGAGCGGCAACUGUGGAUAGAAGAUUCACUAGUACUACUAUACAGACCUCGUCGCUUUGUGCCUAGGAGGUGGGGGAACAAAGGACAAUAUAAAACAAUACAUAACUGCUAUAGCUUCAACAAGCACAUCGUCCCGGCCCCAUGGCCGCCCGACCCCGAACCCCGUUGCACGAUGAGUAUACAACGGCCCCGAACUCUACGGAACCCUCCCAUGCGAAUCAGGUAAACGGCUCUGCCUCUCGUCUGACCUCCUACAUGGCCACCCCGAGUUCGAUCGUGCCCUCGGAUUUCCAGGUCCGGGGAGUGCCAGUCCAAAAUUCGACACAAACACCUCAAGUAUCUCGAUUCCACGAAGAUAUGUCCAGUCGGCGUGGAUCGUCUGUUAUCGACGGCGCUCCCCCUACCACGAAUAACCUACACCGCUCCGACUCGCAGAUGUCAGCUGCACAAUCGCUUUUGCCAUCUCGAGCGUCGGGGACUUUAAAAAAGAAGCCAUCGUUGAGUAAGAAGGGGAGUUUACGACGGGGUGGAAGCAGGAGAAGUAGUCGUGCAGGGAGUGUGAGGAGUAUGGCUCUCGGUGAGAAAGAGAAGUACGGGAUGGUGGAUGGUGAUGAGGUCAACAGUGCCUUUUAUGUCCCUAUACCUACUUCGGGGAGUCCGACGGAUGUUUUGGCUGCGAGAUUCCAAGCCUGGCGCAAAGUGUUGAAGGAUUUAAUAAUGGUUUUCCGGGAAAUCCAAAAAUCAUACGAAAUUCGAUCAAAGACUCUUCUCUCAGUCUCGAAUUCGAUGAACAAUGUCGUUUUCCCAGCCACGUUUCUUGCAACAGGUGGGAUUUCGGAUGCUACCAAAAUACUAAAAGAAUAUCAUAGACAGGCAGUGGUAGAAUCGGCAAAAGCGAGGGACGUCGAAUUGGAAGUCAUUAAGCAACUGACCGGUCUCAGGUCAGAUCUGCAACAGAAAAUCAAAGAGAUUAAGAGCCUCUCGGGUGAUUUUAGGAAUUCAGUCGACAAGGAGUUGGAAGGCACUCGGAAAGCAGUGAGGAAUUUACAGGAAGCUCUUGGACUGGUGGAUACUGACCCAGCGGCUACCUCGGGAAAAGGAGACCCUUUCCUUGUGAAAUGUGCGGUACAUAGACAGCUUGAAAAGCAGAUUGAUGAAGAAAAUUAUCUACAUCGCGCAUUCCUGAACCUGGAAAACUCAGGCCGUGAGCUUGAACGCAUUGUUGUCACGGAAAUCCAGAAAACGUACAAUAUAUAUGCAAAUAUCCUGAAGCGCGAUGCAGAUGCGGCGUACGACGCGGCGGGGCAGCUCAUUGAAGGCCCAAUAAGUGUUCCCCAAGAUCACGAGUGGGAUUCCUUUGUAUCUCACAACGAUCAUCUGGUCGAUCCGCUAUUGCCGAUACGGGAUUUUCAACAUAUAAAUUAUCCUGGAAAGAACCAUCCUGCAGCGGCCGAAGUGCGCGCUGGCAUGCUUGAGCGCAAGAGCAAGUAUUUGAAGAGCUAUACGCCUGGCUGGUAUGUGUUGUCGCCUACACAUUUGCACGAGUACAAGUCGGCGGAUCGAAUCGAGUAUCAAAAUCCCGUCAUGUCGCUAUAUCUACCAGAACAAAAGUUAGGCUCUCACUCGCAAAGUGGCUCUGCAUCCCACAAGUUCAUGUUAAAAGGACGGCAAACGGGUUCGAUGCAUCGCGGCCAUUCAUGGGUGUUUCGAGCAGAAUCUCACGAUACCAUGCUCGAAUGGUACAACGACAUCAAAAACCUGGCCGAAAAAACCGGCGAGGAUCGCAAUGCUUUCGUGCGCAAACAUUCGCGCCAACUAAGUGGUGGACUUUACCGUGCGGGAUCUAUCAGCAGCAGUGAAGGAGUCAUGGAUGAGGACGAAGCAGACGAAACGCCAUACUCUGCGGACCAUGUGAUUGUAAAUCAGGCACCGCCGGUGGUGGAAACGCAGUGGCAGCAGCGCCCUCAACCAGGUGGGCGAUUUCCAAGUGAUAUCCACCUCCACCGAAAUUCACAAGCGACUUACGCCUCAUCUAGAGAAAGUUCUGGAAACCCUGACUCACUAGCGCCCGCCGAUACCAAGAACCAUCCAACUGGCCUCCCAGACGGGGUCCAUGAUGAUGCUGUCGAACCGAGCCAUUCUGGCGUAGUCGAACUGCAAGAUCAUAGCUACGUAGAUUGGAUGGAUCCCGCACCGGCUACAGCUGCGAUUUCGUCACCUCAGAAACAUACCUACCCAUUAUUAUUACGAACAUCCUCGAAGCCCGAUACCUCGAUCGGUUCACCGGAACGGACAAUUUCCCCCGCUAACGCUUUCGGUGACGGCAAAACAGAAGCCAUAUCGUCUUCCCACGGCCUGGCAGAUAAAGGAACCAGCCUAGGAACCAGCCUAGGCGGAACCACGGUCUCGUCGGCUACGAGCAACAUACCUUACUCCAGCGGUGCAUUGGAAAAAGAUGCGACGACGCCCUUAACAACCCCGGCAGCCACUGAAGCCGGCUCCCCAAAAACCAUGAAAUCAAAUUUUGACCGAAGCCGCGAGCUACCCUCGAUAGUUAGCGAUUUUAAAUUGCCUGGCCAGUAUCCAACUCCAAGUGGUUGAAAUUUUUGUUUUGAAGAAGCGAUGCCGGAGUACCUAUAUAUAUAUCCCAUUUUAUCCCAUUUCCUAACCUGAAAACUCAAUUGAUUCCUUGGGUACUACUGUCGAAGAAGGAAUUUUCCUCGUUCUUCGCUUUUUUUUCGUCGUUUUAUCAAUUACAUCAUCCCCACCAUCGACAGUCCCCACUUUUUCCCCCGGAAUUAUUGCAUCAUUCGUUACCCUAUGUGCCUCCUACAUGAAAUGCAUAUACAUUCAUUCUAUGGUUUUGCACAUUUUCAUGGUCCCUUGAGUUCGACCAUAUACCACCACUUCAAAGCCCUCCAAAGAGCUCUAUUUAUUUCCUGGGAAUUGAAGCCCCCGAUUUGCCUUUCCACUAGCCUUCUCGUGUCUUCCACGUUUUUUCUUUUUUAUAUUCUUAUUUCACCCUUUCCAACAACCUUUCUUUUGUUUUUUAUUCUUACUAUCAUCUUCUUCAUACCCUUCUUCUUUCUCUUUCUCAAGCAUAGGAGCUGGGGGCGUUUAUACUUCUACGUGAAUACUUUCUUUUCCUCUCUUUUUCCUUUGGAUUUUAAACUUUACUCAUAUUUAAAUAUACGUUGGGUCUUUUUAUUCUCGAAGUUUUUUGGAAUUCUCGCAUCCUCUUGGAACUGGCUUUGUCUCUUUGGAUACUACUGCACCAUCAGCGCCUAUGUGUAUGUACCUUUAGGAAGUAAUAUCAGCUCAGAACUUCAUCUAUCUUAUGAAAAUCUGUUUCUGAAAUAAAGACAUAGUCUGUCAGCACUCAUUCUCUUCUUUUGUUUCAUUAAUACGUACACUGUCUUCAGACAAAUAUAUGUCAUAGUAUUUC